AUGAUCAAAGAGAAAUUGAAACAGGCUCAGAAUCAUCAAAAAAGUUACUAUGAUAAUAACCAUAUACCCCUAGAAUUUGAGGAAGGGGAGAACAUGUUCAUGAGAUUGUCACCUAUUACAGGUGUUGGUCGUGCAUUGGGAGUAAGAAAGUUGAGUCCCAAGUUCAUUGGACCUUAUCAGAUAAAUAAACUUGUGGGACUAAUGGUCUAUCAGCUUGCCUUGCCCCCAAAUCUGUCUAAUAUACAUGACGUGUUUCAUGUCUCACAGUUGAGACGAUAUAUUUCGGAUGAGUCACCUGUGGUGAUUCCGGAUGACAUAGAGAUACGGGAGAACUUGAAAACUCCUGUUGGCCCCAUGUGUAUUCUUGAGCAGGGCGAAAAGAAGCUUAGAAGCAAGGUUAUCCCUAUGGUAAAAUUACAAUGGGAUGGGCAUACACUUGAGGAAGCUACAUGGGAGCAGAAGGAUGAGAUUAUCCGGCUGCAUCUUGAGUUAGUGGACAUGUUACCUCUCACGGAUUCAAUAGAGGUGUAUUGA